UCCCAUACAGGUUCUUUCCCGAUUCCGUCACCCGAAUCUCGUUAUGCUUAUGGGUUUCGCGCGAUUGGACCGAAAAGGCUUCCUGGUUUACGAAUUAUUAGAAGGAGGUGACGUCUUCAACCUACUCCACAAUCGCGGAAAUCACCGAAAAGAACCAAUAUCCAGGUUGAGAAGAUUGAGUAUUGCAUUAGAUGCGAGUCGGGGGCUGAGCCAUUUACACAGUUCCUCGCCGAGAGUAUUCCACAGGGAUAUCAAGACCGCCAACAUCCUGCUAGAUCGAAAUGGCACUGCGAAAGUGUCCGAUUUUGGCCUCGCGUUCGCUGCCCGAGGUGAUGCAGAAGAAGGGAAUAUGAGGGCGUCAGGUACUCCUGCAUACGCAGAUCCGGAAUAUUUACGAACACUUGUUUUUAGCGAAGGCACUGAGGCUUACAGUUUUGGGAUCGUACUGCUCGAGCUUGUUACCGGAAAACCCCCGACUAGAUUCCCACAACAGCUCAAUA